CCGGCUUUCCGGUUGAGAAAAUCCAUCUUUUUCAAUUCAAAACCAAAAAUCCUGUGUCACAUAUUGUAGAAAGGGGGAAAUCUUACUAGUCUUGUUCCAAAAUUGAUUCAGCAGAACAUAUUAAAGAAUGUUCCAGAUAGAAGCAGUAGCAUUUUGGUCAAUAAAUGUUAUCAGUGUGGGAUUAGCACUGAUGACUUUGUCCGUACUUUUGGUGUCAUUCUUCCCUGCCAUAAAUUCUUUCCUCACAUAUGGUAAGACGUUGAAAAUUGUGAAUCAUAAAAAAACCAAAAGAAACAAUCUAGCUAACUUGUCAAUAGUGCACGAAUUGUAUGUGCCCAAAAAAUGGUUUACCCACUUCUAUGUAAUUCAUUUCGUGUUAUCUCUCGUUAACACUUACGUGAUAGUAUUCCCGAACUCACAGUUGACUGAUUUACAAGUUAUAGCCUUACUGAAUUUGGCUCAAAGCAUACGAAGAGUUUACGAAUGUCAAAGAGUUUCAAGGUUUUCAUCUUCUGCCAAAAUCCAUAUAUUCCAUUAUCUUGUAGGGCUCAUAUUCUAUGCAUCAGUGGACGUACUACCCUUCAUGAUGCAUUUGCUGCAUGAGGAAAACACCAUUUCUUUUGGCUACAUUUUGAUUCCUAUUCUUGUGUUUUUCUUGGCAUCAUGUGAUCAAUUAUUCACUCACAUCAUCCUUUCAAAACAGAAAAAAUAUACAUUGCCUGAUGUAGGACUAUUCAAUUACGUUGUUUGUCCGCACUACAUGGAUGAAUGCCUAAUAUACUUUUCUUUCUUGUUGGUACGGCCAUGCAUCCCUUUGCUCAUGGUUAUGACAUGGGUAGUUAUAAACUUAUCUGCUUCUGCAAAUCAAUCAUACAUCUUUUACAAAAAUAAUGAAACUAGCAACAUUUCAAGCCGUUAUAGAAUCUUUCCUGGUAUCUACUGACUAAAACUUUAGUCUUCAUUCAGUUCUAAAUAUA